GCACGCACGUCGGGGAGCUGGUGCCCGGAGCCGCGGAGACUGCGAUCUUGGCCGCGGCGGCUGCUGGUGGGCGCAGGGCCGCCGACAGGAGGUUGGAGAGAAAUCCAGGUACUCAGUUAACUGGUACUUUCUACCACCAUGGGGGAGCUUUUCCGGAGUGAGGAGAUGACACUGGCCCAGCUUUUUUUACAGUCAGAAGCUGCUUAUUGUUGCGUCAGUGAAUUAGGAGAACUCGGAAAGGUUCAGUUUCGUGAUUUAAAUCCAGAUGUGAAUGUUUUCCAGCGGAAAUUUGUGAAUGAAGUUAGAAGAUGUGAAGAAAUGGAUCGAAAGCUUCGAUUUGUUGAGAAAGAGAUAAGAAAAGCUAACAUCCCAAUUAUGGACACUGGUGAAAACCCAGAGGUGCCCUUCCCCCGGGACAUGAUUGACUUAGAGGCCAAUUUUGAGAAGAUUGAAAAUGAACUGAAGGAAAUCAACACAAACCAGGAAGCUCUGAAGAGAAACUUCCUGGAACUGACUGAAUUAAAAUUUAUACUUCGCAAAACUCAGCAAUUUUUUGAUGAGGCAUGGUUUUCAGUACUCCAAAUGGGGAGAGUGGUACGCCACAGAGCACAGCAGAUGGCGGAUCCAGACCUGUUGGAGGAGUCCUCAUCCCUCCUGGAGCCAAGUGAGAUAGGAAGAGGCACGCCUUUAAGACUUGGCUUCGUGGCUGGUGUGAUUAACCGGGAGCGCAUCCCUACUUUUGAGCGCAUGCUUUGGCGGGUGUGCCGGGGGAAUGUAUUCCUGCGACAGGCUGAAAUCGAGAACCCCCUGGAGGAUCCUGUGACUGGCGACUACGUGCACAAGUCUGUGUUUAUCAUUUUCUUCCAAGGUGAUCAACUGAAAAACAGAGUCAAGAAAAUCUGUGAAGGGUUCCGAGCUUCACUCUAUCCCUGUCCCGAGACACCACAGGAAAGGAAGGAAAUGGCUUCCGGAGUUAAUACCAGGAUUGAUGAUCUCCAAAUGGUUCUCAAUCAAACGGAGGAUCACCGCCAGAGGGUUCUGCAGGCAGCUGCUAAGAAUGUCCGGGUCUGGUUCAUCAAGGUGCGGAAGAUGAAGGCUAUCUACCACACCCUGAACCUGUGCAACAUAGACGUGACCCAGAAGUGCCUGAUUGCAGAGGUCUGGUGCCCCGUUACCGACCUUGACUCCAUCCAGUUUGCACUCAGAAGGGGCACGGAGCACAGUGGUUCCACUGUGCCCUCUAUUUUGAACAGGAUGCAGACAAACCAGACUCCCCCAACCUAUAACAAAACCAACAAGUUCACAUGCGGCUUUCAGAACAUAGUAGAUGCUUAUGGAAUUGGAACUUACCGAGAGAUAAAUCCAGCUCCAUAUACUAUCAUCACUUUCCCUUUUCUAUUUGCUGUGAUGUUUGGAGACUUUGGCCAUGGCAUUUUGAUGACCCUUUUUGCUGUGUGGAUGGUGUUAAGGGAGAGCCGGAUUCUGUCCCAGAAGAAUGAGAAUGAGAUGUUUAGCACUGUGUUCAGCGGUCGGUACAUUAUUCUAUUAAUGGGCGUGUUCUCCAUGUACACUGGCCUCAUCUACAAUGAUUGCUUUUCCAAGUCUCUUAAUAUCUUUGGGUCAUCCUGGAGUGUACGGCCGAUGUUUACUAAUUGGACGGAUGAGACACUUCGGGGAAACCCUGUUCUCCAGCUGAACCCAGCCGUCCCUGGAGUUUUUGGUGGACCCUACCCUUUUGGCAUCGAUCCGAUUUGGAACAUUGCUACCAAUAAACUGACCUUCCUUAACUCCUUUAAGAUGAAGAUGUCUGUCAUCCUUGGUAUUGUCCACAUGCUGUUUGGAGUCAGCCUGAGCCUUUUCAACCAUGUCUAUUUCAAAAAGCCCCUGAAUAUCUACUUUGGAUUUAUUCCUGAAAUAAUCUUCAUGACCUCUUUGUUUGGCUACUUGGUUAUCCUUAUUUUUUAUAAGUGGACGGCCUAUGAUGCUCGUACAUCUGAGAACGCCCCAAGUCUUCUGAUCCAUUUUAUAAACAUGUUCCUCUUUUCCUACCCGGAAUCUGGUAAUGCGAUGCUGUAUUCUGGACAGAAAGGAAUUCAGUGUUUCCUGGUAGUGGUUGCGUUCCUCUGCGUACCUUGGAUGCUGCUAUUUAAGCCGCUUGUCCUUCGCCAUCAGUAUUUGAGGAGGAAGCAUUUGGGAACUCUCAACUUUGGUGGGAUCAGGGUGGGCAACGGACCAACAGAGGAGGAUGCUGAGAUUAUUCAGCAUGACCAGCUCUCCACCCAUUCAGAGGACGCGGAAGAGUUUGACUUUGGGGACACCAUGGUCCACCAGGCCAUCCACACCAUCGAGUACUGCCUGGGCUGCAUCUCCAACACAGCCUCCUACCUGCGGCUCUGGGCCCUUAGCCUCGCUCAUGCACAGCUCUCGGAGGUGCUUUGGACCAUGGUGAUCCACAUCGGCCUGAGCGUGAAGAGCUUGGCAGGAGGGCUGGCGCUGUUCUUCAUCUUUGCUGCCUUUGCCACCCUGACCGUGGCCAUCCUCCUGAUCAUGGAGGGCCUCUCGGCGUUCCUCCAUGCCCUGCGGCUACACUGGGUCGAGUUCCAGAAUAAAUUCUACAGCGGGACCGGUUUCAAGUUCCUACCCUUCUCCUUCGAGCACAUUCGGGAAGGGAAGUUUGAGGAGUGAGCCCUGCUGGGCUGCGUGCCCCAGGCCACCCUCCCUGCUGCUCUCCACAGUGAUCGGCUGUGCUCCUUUUGCCUGUUGGUUGUGCACCCCGGGCACCAGGGCAUUUGUGUCACCCUGCCACCCUCCCCUAGCUGUCUGUGAGUAUCUAGAUAGAACCAGCCUCUGUGGGUCUCCCGGCACCCCCAGCUUUGUGUGUAGUGUGGUGAUUUUCUAGACAGAAGCUGGGCUCUGGCUGUUACUUACACCUCUGGGCACCAGCCUUCCCUCCUGACCUCCAUCCAGCCAGAUAGCCCUUCUCUGUCCCCUGCUGGUGAAGCAGUCUGUGCAUCCACAAGGGAGCCGGGGGGCCUUUGGGCUUCCAAGCUCAGGGUGGGUGGGAGUGGCACCUGUGCUAUCCACACCUAGCUUUUGAGCCCCCGCUCCUGCCACUGGAGUUACUGACUGGGGGGAGGGCUGGAAAGGAGCCUACAGGUUCUGUCCCAGAAAGGGAUGCUCUUCAACAUGCCCACUCUUGGGCUAGCAGGGGCAAGCCCAGGAAGAUGGUACUUUUGUCCUUUGCUCACCCCCCUCCAGUGUUUGUGAAUCAGGAAUUCAGCUAGACCCAUUUGGGCCAUCAUAAGUGGCUUCUCGCUGUUGCCCCCAAGGGUCCCAGGAUACCAAACACCACCCUUCUACCCCCCACCCUACUCUCCCACCCCCUCUUCCUCCCUCCCUGUCUGCACCAGCACAACAUGGUGCAUGCCCUGGGACAGAGGUCUUGGCUGGCUGGCAGCACGCUGGGCUUCCCUCCCUUGGCUGGCUACUUCCCAGGCCGCAGGGCCCUGCCCACAAACAUGCUGUCCAGUGGAGGCUUCAGACUGAUUGUCUUUCCUGAUGGAGACCCUGAGCCCUUCCCCACUGCAAUCAUGUCGUCUUGAGUGCAGGCUGUUGUCAUCAAGGCUGGUUCUGCCUGCAGACCUGCCUCACUCUACCCACCAGUACCCUCUCCCCACUUGCAGACUGACCCCAAGUCUCGGGAGUGGUAUCCUGGGCAUGGAGGGUCAGCGUCAUGUAGGGUUUGCCGUGCCCAGAGACCCCUCCCUGUCACCCUUGACUGUGUUGUGGAUCUUAGGGCCUUCUAAUCAUGUGUUGGCGCAGCAGCCCUGGAUGCUGUAGCUAAGUUCUUCCCCGCCACCGUAGAGUAGAGAUAAGCUCCUGAAUUGCCGGGGGGGAGUGAGCAGCUGGGCCAGCCCUGGGCGUGGGCCACCCUGCCCCAGCUUCACUGUGUGCUAGCCCUCUGUGACCUGGCCCAGACCUUGUGUAGACCCCCUCCUCUCUUGUCCCCUGGUUUACAUGAUGAUCUUUGCUCUGUGUACAGUGGGGUUAGUUGCAGAGUUCUCUGUCAGGGAACCCUGCCCAAAGCCCUUCUGUUCAGACAUUCCUGUACUGAAUAAAGUGUGUUUGACUCUA